UAUUUAAUUUAAUUAAUUAGGUAUGUUUCUUAUUUGACAAGUGGUCAUCAUGCAGAAAUUGUUGGUUGUAUUUUUAUCGUGUGUGGCUGCAGUGUUAGCUCAAACAUGGGUCCAACGGGCUACGGUAACAGACCACGUAAAUUACAUCAGAUCAGUAAUGGAGGAAGUAGUUCAGGAACUGGAAGAAUUCGGGUGGAGUAACCUAAAGCUGGACGAUGUUCAUCAAAACAUAAGUGCUCAAAUGUACAAAUGGACAGUAAAGGGGAAAGUCCAUUACUUCAAUGGAUACCUCGUAUCCAUGCAGAAAGUGGAUCUUACUACCAUAACCCAGUCGGUCGGGAGGAGAACCGUCGACGGCGUCCAAAUUCCUUUCGCUAGUGUAUCAUCACAAUUGAUAUUCAGGAACCCUAAAUUGGGAUACGAUUUGAUCUCUGAUAUAGAAGGCAUUGGGGUACAGCGGUCUACAGGAGAAAUGACACUGCCUACCAUCACAAUUGCAAGUACGGUACAAAAACAAUUGGACAACGGAGAAAUAUCAGUUUUAUCGAUGAGAAUCAACAAUGGUGGAGGUCUCAUAAGAAUGAUUUACCAUCCUGCAUCAAAUGUAACUGAAGUCCUCUCGAGAAACUUCUUCCCUUACACUUUCGAUUUCUCAAAUUGGGUCCCGAUCAUCGAACCGAUGCUAUUGAACGUUAUUAAAAAUAAGAUUCCGUUUCCAGAUGUCUGCUACCUUAAUUGUACUUAAAACAAAUUUUGUAUUAAAUAUAUUUGCUGAAUAAAAUUGAAAAUUAUUUAAUUUC